CUGAAUUGGAUAGUUAAGGUCAAGUGUUGCUUUUGAAAACUGACCUUGAACGCAACUUCGAAUUCUUCGAAAAUGUUUGGUUUUCCUUAUGCUAAUUAAUUAUUCGUGAGUGUACCAUCAAGUUUCCAAAACCCGUGAUAAAUAUAUCUGUUAUAAACGUGUCUGAACACAUUCAUUCCGACAAUGGGUCGAAAAUAUGCUUAUGAAACACCUCGUAAGGCUAUGCGUGGCCAAUAUGAUGGAUCCAGUGUUAUGGUACAACGUAUGCAUAAAUCAGCUUCUUUGGAAAGCAGUAGAGAAUGGUUUAGGAAAGAAAUUCAGUAUCAAAUGGAACGAGGUGGUUUAUUUGAAGAUCCUUUUAUGCCUGCUAACGACUCAAGCAUCAAAUCAAGUUCAAGAUCUGGUUUUAGGUGGCUUAGACCUCAUGAACUUACUCGACAACCACGUUUCGUUGCUGAUGGAGUCAGUCGAUUCGAUAUUAAACAGGGUGAACUUGGUAAUUGUUGGGUUAUUGCUGCGUUGGCUUCAUUAUCAAUGUAUCCAGAGCUAUUUAAUCAGGUUGUCCCAGUUGACCAAACAUUUGACAAGUCUUCAUCAAAAUAUCCUUAUGUUGGCAUGUUUUGGUUUCGAUUUUGGCGAUUUGGUGAUUGGUUUGAUGUUGUUGUCGACGAUCGAUUGCCUACGCGUAAUGGACAUCUAGUGUUUAUGCAUUCUGCUGAUCCUAAUGAAUUUUGGUCAGCCUUAUUAGAAAAAGCAUAUGCCAAACUUGUAUUCUCCUACGAUGCACUUCGUGGUGGUUGUACAGCAGAAGCAAUGGAAGAUUUCACUGGUGGUUUAACUGAACUUGUUGAUUUAGGUUCAAAAGCUCCGGAUAAUCUGUUCGAUAUUAUGGAACAUGCACUUGCUCGUGCAUCUCUAAUGGCUUGCAGUAUUGAUGCUGAUCCACAUGAAAUUGAAGCCAAUGGUCCAUUGGGAUUAAUUCUUGGUCAUGCCUACUCGGUGACAGAUAUACGACAGGUACACACUAACUAUGGUUCUCAAGGUGUUUCCUUGAUACGAUUACGUAAUCCAUGGGGAAAUGAACGUGAAUGGUCUGGUCCAUGGAGUGAUCAAUCUAAAGAAUGGCGAAGUAUACCACCUGAUGAAAGAAAACGCAUUGGUCUUACUUUUGAUGAGGAUGGAGAAUUCUGGAUGUCGUUUAGUGAUUUUGUACACUAUUUCUCUCGUCUUGAAUUAUGCCAUCUGGGUCCAGAAUCAAUAUCGUAUAGUCCUCGUGCUUCUACACGUCGUCGACCUACCCGUCGGUGGGAAAUGAUUCGUGAGGAAGGUGAAUGGUUGCGUAAUUCUACUGCUGGAGGAUGUUCGAAUUUUCCAAAUACCUUCUAUAUGAAUCCACAAUUUCAUGUUGAAGUUAUGAAUCCAGAUGAAUCAGACAGUGAUGGUUGUGGCACACUUGUAGUUGGUUUAAUGCAGAAAGGUUUACGAGAGAAACAUAUUGAGCCCCAUGUGAUUGGUUAUUCCAUUUAUCGGACUUUUGGAAAUUUAAGUAGACUAAGAAGGAUGCCACCAUCAGCUUCAAAUAAUCUUUUAUUGGAUAGAAGAUUUUUUAUGACUAAUUCAUCAGUAGCUCGAUCACCUGUAUUUAUUAAUAUGCGUGAAGUAACCGGAAGACAUAGAUUAAAACCUGGGCAUUAUGUUAUCCUACCGUGUACAUUUAAUCCAAAUGAAGAAGCUAAAUUCAUGCUUCGUAUUUUCUCUGAACGUACUUGCGAUUCAAAUGAAUUGGAUGAUGUUACACAGAUCACUAUUGAUUCAGAUCGUCCCAGUCAACCACUCAGAACAGCUGAUGAUAAUUUGAUAGAGAGAUUAGAAGUUGUCUUUAACAGAAUUGCUGGUGCCAGCGGAGCAAUCACGUAUACUCAAUUACAAGAUAUUCUAAAUGAAGCAUUUACAAAAGACUUUCCAUUCGACGGAUUCAGUAGAGAAACUGCGAGAAGUAUGAUGGCCCUAAUGGACGCUGAUUUAAGUGGUGGUCUAGGCUUCCAAGAAUUUAAAAAACUGUGGAUGGAAUUACGCAUUUGGAAGACUAUAUUCAAAAAGUUCGACGAAGGUCAUACCGGCAGUUUGGAGGCAUUUGAAUUACGAAAUGUCAUGCGGACGAUUGGUUUCCACGUCAGUAAUUUAAUCUAUAAAGCAAUUGCUUGUCGUUAUGCAAAUGAAAAAGGUCAAGUAUCAUUCGAUGAUUAUAUCUUAUUGUUGGUCCGAUUAUCAACUGUCUUCGAAACGUUUAAAGCACAAGAACGUACUAAAGAUGGACGAGCUGUUUUCGGAGCUGAAGAUUUUAUUCGCUCUGUUAUAUACAUCUAAAUACUGAUGAAAAAGGAAAUCUUCUAAACACAACGCUAUACGUUUACACUGUGAUAGUGCUGAUCACAUACCCACAUAACGGCGAAAAAUUUCAGUUUGCAUACAUAUGCAGGGGAGCCCCAUAUAACCGCUGUAUGGUUUUUCUACUUGCUUUUGAUUUUUUUUUCCUUUUUUUAUAUAUUAUCAAGAAAAUGUUUUGUUUUCUUUUUUAAAUAAACUAAAUACUUUGUAAAACUUAUUUACACCAGUUGAAUAAUGCUAAUAUGCAUUUCUUUUUUGACUUUGCUUUUCACUGUGUACACUUACUUGAUGCGUAUGUUAUUUGAACAGAUAACGAAUAUAUAUGUAUGUAAUAUGCUUAUGAAAGAAAUUCAGGGACAAAAAAGACGAUUUCUAU